CGAGCGGCGGCCGCCAUGGGCACGGCUUCGUCGCUGGCGAGCCCCGCGGGCGGGGAGGUGAUCGAGGACACGUACGGCGCCGGCGGCGGCGAGGCCUGCGAGAUCCCGGUGGAGGUGAAGCCCAAGGCGCGCCUGCUGCGCAGCUCGUUCCGCCGCGGCGGCGGGGCGGCGGGCGGCGGGCCCGGGUCUCUGGGCCGCGGCGCGGGCGGCGGCGGGCUGCUGGGCGCCAGCUUCAGGUCCACGGGCUCGGCGGCGCCCGAGCUGGAGUGCGCGGCGGCCGAGUACGAGCGCCUCAAGAAGGAGUACGAGAUCUUCCGGGUCAGCAAGCACCAGGAGCUGCUGGCCAUGGGCCGCCGCGAGGCCAAGCUGGACACGGAGAACAAGCGGCUGCGGGCCGAGCUGCAGGCACUUCAGAAAACAUACCAGAAGAUACUCCGGGAAAAAGAGAGUGCUGUAGAAGCAAAGUACCAAGCAAUGGAAAGAGCCGCAACAUUUGAACACGACAGAGAUAAAGUCAAAAGGCAAUUCAAGAUUUUCAGGGAAACCAAGGAAAAUGAAAUCCAGGACUUACUGAGGGCCAAGCGAGACCUGGAGAGCAAACUUCAGAGACUGCAAGUUCAGGGGAUCCAAGUGUUUGACCCUGGGGACUCCGAUUCUGAUGACAACCGUACAGAUGUUACUGCUGCCGGGACACAGUGUGAAUAUUGGAGCGGCGGUGCCCUGGGGAGCGAGCCCUCCAUUGGCAGCAUGAUCCAGCUUCAGCAGUCCUGCCGGGGGCCCGAGUUCGCCCACAGCUCUAUCGACGUAGAAGGGCCCUUCGCCAACGUCAACAGAGAUGACUGGGAUGUUGCCGUAGCUAGUUUAUUACAGAUUACUCCCCUGUUCUCACAUUCUCUGUGGAGCAACACUGUCAGGUGUUACCUCAUCCAUACAGAUGAAACCCAGCCCGAAAUGGAUCUUUUCCUUAAGGACUACUCACCUAAGCUUAAAAGGAUGUGUGAGACAAUGGGAUAUUUUUUCCAUGCUGUAUAUUUUCCAGUAGAUACUGAAAAUCAAUACCUCACUGUCAAAAAAUGGGAAAUGGAGAAGAGUUCGCUGGUUGUUUUAUUCAUCCAUUUAACUUUACCAAGCCCAUUACUGGAAGACUGUGAAGAAGCUUUUCUGAAAAACUCCGAGGGCAAACCCCGAUUAAUUUAUCACCGUGUAGAGGAUGGCAAAGUGGAUUCUGACUCUGUCCAGCAACUGAUUGAGCAGGUUUCCAACCUCAACAAGGCCAGCAAAGCCAAGAUCAUUGAUCACUCAGGAGAUCCUGCAGAGGGAGCUUAUCAAACAUACAUUUAUGUGGAAAAGAUUGUUAAACAGGACAUCCUGGGCUUUGAGAGCGCAGACCCGGAGGCGAAGGACAAGGCCAGCGAAGACUCUGCCCCCGAGGAGGAUGACUUCGCUGACGUCCUGUGGGACAUCCACGAUGAGCAGGAACAGAUGGAGGCCUUUCAGGGAGCGUCCGCUUCAGCCCGAGAGCUGGGCUUUGAGAAAUAUUACCAGCGCCUUAAUGACCUCGUGGCAGCACCCGCACCGAUCCCACCCCUUCUGGUGUCUGGAGGACCUGGUUCUGGGAAGUCCCUGCUUUUAUCAAAGUGGAUUCAAUCGCAGCAGAAGAGUUCCCCUAACACGCUCAUUCUCUCACAUUUUGUGGGGAGGCCCAUGUCCGCCAGCUCAGAGUCCUCUCUGAUCAUCAAACGACUGACUCUAAAGUUGAUGCAGCACGCUUGGUCCGUCUCUGCCCUGACCCUGGACCCCGCCAAGCUUCUGGAAGAAUUUCCCCGCUGGCUGGAAAAACUCUCUGCCCGCCAUCAGGGCAGCGUCAUCAUCAUCAUUGACUCCAUAGAUCGAGUUCAGCAAGUUGAGAAACACAUGAAGUGGCUGAUAGACCCCCUGCCAGUGAAUGUCAGAGUCAUUGUCUCUGUGAAUGUAGAAACAUGCCCUCCAGCGUGGAGGCUGUGGCCAACACUUCAUCUUGAUCCCUUAAAUCCAAAAGACGCAAAGUCCAUUAUCGUCGAGGAAUGCCGCUCUGUGGAUGUCACCUUGAGCAGAGAGCAGGAGAAGAAGCUAGAACGGCACUGUCGUUCUGCUCCCACCUGCAAUGCCCUUUAUGUCACCCUUUUUGGCAAAGUGGUUGCGUGUGCUGGGAGGGCCGGGCACUUGGAGAAGAUCCUGCACCAGUGUUUCCAGUGCCAAGAUACCAUUUCCUUGUACAGACUCAUCCUCCGAUCUGUCCAGGAGUCCUUGGAAGAUGAUCCAGAGAAAGAACUCAUGAAGCAGAUCCUCUGCCUGGUCAAUGUCAGCCACAAUGGUGUGGGCGAGUCAGAGCUGACGGAGCUCUACCCUCAAGUGUCCUGGCCGGUCCUGACCUCUGUGGUCCACAGUUUGCUCAGGAUGGGUUUGCUGGCCUACGGCUGUGGUUUGCUCAAAUUUCAGCAUUUCCAGGCUUGGGAGGCAGUGCGUCUGGAGUACCUGCAGUGUCCCACCAUGAUUUCUUCAUCCAGGCAAAAGCUCAUCAACUACUUCACCCUGCAGCUAAACCAGGGCCGAGUGACAUGGAGAAGCGCAGACGAGCUGCCGUGGCUCUUCCAGCAGCAGGGCAGCAAACAGAAGCUCCACGACUGUCUUCUCAACCUCUUCGUGUCCCAAAACCUCUACAAAAGAGGCCACUUUGCCGAGCUACUGAGCUACUGGCAGUUUGCCGGCAAAGACAAAAGCGCCAUGGCGGCCGAGUACUUCGACUCCCUGAAGCAGUACGAGAAGAACUGCGACGGUCAGGAGAGCAGGACCUGCCUGGCCGACCUGUAUGAAACCCUGGGGCGCUUCCUCAAGGACCUGGGCCUGCUCAGCCAGGCUGUGGUGCCUUUGCAGAGGUCUCUCGAAAUUCGAGAAACGGCACUGGACCCCGAUCACCCGAGAGUAGCCCAGUCCCUCCACCAGCUGGCCGGCGUGUACGUGCAGUGGAAGAAGUUCGGCAAUGCCGAGCAGCUGUAUAAGCAGGCUCUGGAGAUCUCGGAGAAUGCCCAUGGCCCCGACCACCCGCACGUCGCCCGGGAGCUGGAGGCUCUUGCCACUUUGUACCAGAAGCAGAAUAAGUAUGAACAAGCUGAACAUUUCCGGAAAAAAUCCUUUAAGAUUCGCCAGAAAGCAACAAAGAGAAAAGGCAAUUUGUGCGGAUUUGCCCUUUUACGAAGACGGGCUCUGCAGCUCGAGGAACUGACCUUGGGGAAGGACACACCUGACAGUGCCCGGACCCUCAAUGAACUGGGUGUCCUCUACUACCUGCAGAAUAACCUAGAGACAGCUGACCAGUUUCUGAAGCGUUCCUUAGAAAUGAGGGAGCGGGUUUUAGGCCCAGACCACCCUGAUUGUGCCCAGUCUUUGAACAACCUGGCAGCUCUGUGCAAUGAAAAGAAGCAGUACGAGAGAGCAGAAGAGCUUUACGAACGAGCGCUGGAUAUUCGGAGGCGAGCACUAGCUCCAGACCACCCUUCUCUGGCUUAUACGGUGAAGCACCUCGCAAUCCUGUAUAAGAAAAUGGGCAAAUUAGACAAAGCUGUACCUUUGUAUGAACUGGCUGUGGAAAUUCGACAGAAAUCCUUUGGCCCAAAGCAUCCAAGUGUAGCUACUGCCUUGGUGAACCUAGCUGUUCUCCACAGCCAAAUGAAAAAACAUAAUGAAGCCUUGCCAUUAUAUGAAAGAGCACUGAAGAUUUAUGAAGACAGUCUCGGUCGAAUGCAUCCUCGCGUUGGAGAGACAUUAAAAAAUUUAGCUGUGCUCAGCUAUGAAGAAGGGGAUUUUGAAAGAGCUGCUGAACUAUACAAACGGGCGAUGGAAAUAAAAGAAGCCGAGACAUCACUUCUGGGUGGAAAAGCCCCUUCCCAACACUCAUCAAGUGGAGACACAUUUAGCUUAAAAACAACCCAUUCUCCUAAUGUCUUCCUUCAUCAAGGACCAAGGUAACAGCAGCAACUGUAAUUCACUGGAAAUGUACUUUAGGAACAUCUGGAACACUAGGACUUCAAACGUAUUUUAAAAGAACACUUAUUUUUUAUUAAACUGUGAUUUAUUUUGUAUGGCAUA